UUAUGCCAGUGAUUAGAGGACUUGCACUUGUUUUCUUGGUCUUUUUUGUGGAGAAUGCAGCAGCAUGCCCAUUUGGAUGGACACCUUUUGAAACACAUUGCUACAGGUUCUUCCCUCAGAGACAGAACUGGGCCACAGCAGAGAAAUUCUGUCAAGCCUCUGCAGCGAAUCUCGCAUCCGUGCGCACUAGAGCCCACAAUAACUUUCUUCUGAGUCUGGUACCUCGGAACUCUCGUGCUUGGAUUGGUGGUCAUGAUGGCGAAAAGGAAAGUAGGUGGCUGUGGAGUGAUGGAUCUCCAUUUAACUAUGCCAACUGGUGCUUUUGGGAACCUAACAAUCUCCGUCGUUCAGAGCACUGCCUGGAGAUAAACAAGACCAGAAGGCGUUGCUGGAAUGAUGAAUCUUGUUAUGCCUAUAUGGGCUACAUUUGUGCUCAAACACGCUUAUGAGAAGUCAUUCUGCUAUACAAGUACUUUGAUUGUACAACAUAUAGC